AUAUUUAUUUUGCCUCGACUUCUUCAUGUUUUGGAUGCUCUGCCGGUUAUGCAAGUAGUUAUUAUGUGGGAAAGAAAUUAAAAAAGCUUUCAUACAGUAAUUAAAGUUGAAAUGUGUGAUUUUUUUGCAGAUGGAAGUGUUCUCCACGCGCGACAUUAACCAAGAAAUCUUAGGGCCUCUACGCCAAGGACGUUAAAAUAAAAGACAUCUUGCUCGACGAUCACGCAAUCCAAGAAGAUCUCUGUUCCCGCGUCAUUUGAAAUAUUCACUGUUGAGCAGCGAACGGUGGAAGGACGGAGAAGAGAGUGAUAUUGAAGCACACCUUUCGUAAUACCUCGGAAGAUUUUUCUUCGAAUUUAACUGAAAGCUUCUUUUUUCAUUGUAUAACAUGCCUUUCAAGUCGCUUACUGAUGCCGAAUAUGAAGACAUAUUUAAAGCAGCCAUUGGUGAUUGUCACGAAGUGGAAAGCAGUUUUGUUGGCGACAUUUGCAAAUCACUUGCAUACAAAGGAAUCAAUAAACGUAAAACUGUUGAGGAUGAAGUAGUGACGCCUAAAGAAAACGAAGCGUUAACACCUAGGGAGACAGCAAAACAUGAAAGUCACACAUUAGUCACCAGAACGGAAAAUGUUUCAGAAAAACCAAAGAAAGUCAAACUCUUUUCUCCUCCGGAGAUACUCGGUCAAAAGAAGAUUAUUCCAGUAUUCAAAAGUAAACCGAAAACGAAAAUUCAAGAUCAUCCAGAAAAUAAUGCUACAAAAAAAAGCCCAGAGAAGGGAAAAGAAAAGGAUAAUCCAGAACAAGGACACAAAAAUGCCAAAAGUGGAAAGAAAAUAAGGAGAGAUGACUCCCUCGAUUACUGCAAGACAACAAGUAAAAACAAAGAAAGCCCACAGAAAGCAAAAGAAAAGCUUAACCUGGAACGAAAACACCAAAAUGCCAAAAGUGGAAAGAAAAUAAGAAGAGAUGACUUGCUUGAUCACUGCAAGGAAACAAGUAAAAACGAAGACAUGGAUGAAACAUGCUUUGCAACAUCUACUGAAAAGGCAUCUCCCACCAAAUUAGAUAAAGAAUCUUCUGAAACAACUGUCACUGUCCUCAAAGUUAAUAAAAAUAAAAUGCCUUCAAAGACAAGUGGUUCAUCCCCCAUAAAAUUAGGCAAAAAAACUUCUGAAAUGAAUUCCACUGUUCACAAAGGCAGGAAAAAUGUUAAUAAAGACAGAAUGCAGUCUGGGACAAAUAGCUCAGCUACUAUGAAAAGUACUUCACAGACAAGGAAGACCUCAAAUAAACCAAAGUUGUCCAACAGUACUAAGGAAAUGGAACCCUCAAUUGAAGCAGACGAAUUAUCACCUAAAUGCCAGAGCUCUAACAAAACUACGACACCAGCACCAUCAGGAGAAGUUCUUUCAAAAGAAAGACCAUGUAAACUAACUCUGUCCUCAAACUCAAAGGUUGACUCUGAAAGCAGCCAGCUGGUUUCUUCACAGCAGGAAACACCUUUAAGUCAGCCUCCAGCACAGUACAGUCUCAAACAGCGGCUUAAAUGGCUACAGGUUCGCCGUGAAGUUGGUGUCUGGGUACAGUGCUGCAAUGAAAGCUGUUCCAAGUGGCGCUACUUGGACUCCACAAGAGAUCCACAACAGGUUCCGAAAAAGUGGUUUUGUAACAUGAAUCCAGACAAAUCUUUGGCGUCUUGCGCUGCUCCACAGAAAGGCCCAUCUAUAAUGCAAGAACUUGAUCUUAUUGAGAAUGAAUACACAGCUGGUUCAGUUGUGUGGGCACGCCUUGCAGGUUACCCGUGGUGGCCUGCUAUGAUUGAUGAUGAUCCAGAUGUUGAACAAUAUUAUUGGAUCACAACUUUGUCCGAUAUUCCAACCCAUUACAAUGUAGUGUUCUUUGAUGAGAAACCACCAACUCGGGCCUGGAUCACACCUAAAAAUUUGCGUCCCUUCAGUGGCCAUGAAAGUGGUAGACAGUAUAAAGUGACUGUUCAUCGUGGGAUUGAUUACAGUAAGAGAUUGGCAGUUGCUAAAGCUCAAGCAACUGAAGCACUUGAAAUGGAUUUCCAGCAUCGAUUGCAGAAAUUUAGUUUCCUUGCAAGGUUCAAAGGCCCCUUUGUGAUGAAUACAAAAUCUGCUUUGUCAAACACACAUGUGAGACAUAGUCAUGGAGAAUUUGAGGAUAAUGAUGAUAUGAUCCAGUUAUUAAAAGAAGUGAAGCAUAGAAGAAAGCAUUCUUUGACAACAAGCAUCACAUUGUCUCAAAAGAGACUCAAGAUUAGUGAAAAUACAAUUUGUAAAAACACAGGCAAGGACAGAAGUGAAGCUACUGCAAACCCUCUCCAGAAUAACACCAAAAGCAAAGAUAAUAAAGCGAAGGAAGCAGGAGAAGAAUGUAGUAUGAGCAAACACUUGAACAGUUGUAAUCAACCUUCUGAAACUAACACUUGUUCAAGACUCUGCAAUAAAAAAAUAACUGACAGAGAAGAUACAUCUAAUAAGAAAGCACAAGAUAAAAAUGAGGGGCAAAAUAAUGAAGAAUUGCCAUGUAGGAAAGAGAUUCAUAAUGAAGAGGAACAAGACCAAUGUCAGUCUACUGAUGAUGAUGAUGAGACAGUAAUGUCAGAGGAUAUGUUUGCAGAAGAUGAUUCCACCCAACUUGAAUCUGUCCAUGAAAUAACAGAUAGUAAGUCUUCCUCAUUAAAACAAGAUGAACAUCCACAGGAAACACCAGUCAUCAAACCAGAGGAUAAUCAGGACCCAGCUUCAUCCGGCAAGAUACUUAUAAACUUAGUAGCAAUGGCUUGCACCAUUGAUGAACAGGAGUCUAAACCAUCAGUUAAUAUACAAAAGAAAGGUGAACCUGAACAAGUCACAGGGGAUUCUACUCAAAUUCCCAGCAGUGUGCAGGCAGUUGUUGGCACUGAUGGUGGAGAAGAUACAGCUUCAUCCUGCAAGGCAGAAACUAAAUGUCACAAUGAGCAGUCUUCAUCAUUGCCGUCUACUUCUGAUUCAUACAGACGGUCUGGAUGUAAAGUGGAAUAUUCUAAUGUUGUAAGGAAAGGUAGUCCUUCUCAGAGUUUAAAUAACAGUACACGUGCAUCAUCUUCCACUGACGAAAUUCAGGAGCAGCUAUCAUCACAUGUUAGUAACAACACUGACGCUUGUUCAGUAUUGAAUGUUGGUGAAGGUUCUGAUCUUGUUGAAGCCAUUCCAGAAGUGCCAUUAGCGGAAUAUCUUGAUGAUGCUGUUGUUCCACAAGGUUUUAGCCCACCGUCACGAGAAAGCUCUCCAGACUUUGAAGUGGAAGAGUGAUUGAAGUGGGAAACUGAAUGAAGAUUUUGACAUUGUAUGUUUGUAAUAUUGAUUCAUAUUGUUUUAGCUGUUGUUAUCAUAUAAAUUCAUAUAACGAAGGUGUGGCUCUCUUUUGAAUGAGGAGCAAUUUUGUGUCUAGCUACGUCAAUGUUUUGAGUAAUUGCUAUAUUGUUAGUUCUCUAUUUAGUAUUUUCUAGCACUUUUCUGUAUUUCAGUACCUUUUAAGUGCAACUAUUUAUUUUCGAAGCUUUUAACAUCACUAGUGUUAUUUCCAUGUCUGUGGCAUUUUUGGCAUCAUGAAUAAAGUGGAAUGUGACUGAAGGAGAGACUGGAGGUCAGAUAACUUAUGCACUACAAUAUACAAUAUAAUUACAAACAAAUUAAUUUGUGAUGUCUGUUUAUUUUAUUAAUUAGAUAGGUUAUUAUUUGAUUUAGAAACUUAAUUGUCUUCUCUGCAUCUUUCUUGUGUAUAAGAAGUCAGUAGUAAUAAUAACAAUAACAUGUAAUAGUGUAGUGGUUUGGUGGUUAUGUAAUGUAAGGGAGGUAUUGAAAAAUCAUAAUAUUUAAUAGUAGCAGAUUGAUUUUAUGUGAUGUAAUUGCAUUGUAAAACACCCCAAUGCCUUGUAAAUUCUUUAAUUUGUGUCUGUAGAUAUAGGUGUGUGUGCAAAAUUUCUGUGUUAUUUUCGGCUUGAAACCACUAUCCAUUUGUUAUAGCACUGUAUAUAUGAGAUUUGUUUGUGAAGUAGUCAGUGACAUAUUUUUUUGUCAUACGAGGUUUCUGUAAUAAAUAUGGCCUUUGACUGGAAU